UCAUAGUUACCUAUGUUAUUCAUUCAAAGUUUAUAGAAAUAUAACAAAUACAAAAUAAAAAUGAAUUUCUACCAGAAUUGCAUCGUAUUCUUUAUAACUCACAAGUAUAUUUUAUGGAUUAUGAUAUCACAAAAAAUACUAUACGGAUCUGCAGUUACUUCAAAUCAUUUUGACUACAGAUUAUCAAAAAGAAGUGUUUUACCAUUUGUUUAUUAUAAUGGUACACCUAAAACUAAAGAAGAAAUUGAAAAGAAGGACACUAUGGACACGUAUAAUUUAGCUUUAGCAAACAAAAUAGACCCUAAUGAUAUUAAUAAAUAUGAUUAUAUCAAUAAUAAUAACAAUCAACACAGCAUGGAGAUUCCAUUUUAUUGGGUAAUUGAUGUCGAUGGCCGAAAACGUAAAAAGAGAUAUUCUAAGAAACAUGAAAAAGAAAAAACUCAUCAUACUCACUUACGAAAAUCUAGAGAUGUAACUCAUGAAAAAUCACAUCAUAAAUCACAUGAAUCAAGUAAACAUAAUGACUAUAAUUUUGAUUUAAAAAAGAAUGAAAUGAGAAAUACACAUAUAAAUGUGCACAAGAAACGUCACCAUAAUGAAAAAUUAGUAAAGCAUGUGAAGCAUAAAUCAAUAGAGAAAUUUGAUAUCAAUGGUGACGAUAACACCAAUAAUAAAUUAGACGAUGAAUCGAGUGAAGAAUCUAUUAUACAUCAACGUGGUUUAACAAAUAAGCAAACUUAUAAAAAAUCAUCUCAUAAAAAUCACAAGAAAACAAGUAAAAAUGAAAUGGAUAAAAAAUUAGAUAAGUUAAAGAAGAAGUCGAAUGAAUUGGAUAAAAAAGUGACUAAAAUAACUGGAUCUUGUUUAGAUGAUUCAAGCUAUUCUGAUAAAUAUUCACAAAAUGUAGCAAAAAGUUAUUCAAGUAACAAUUUAAUUGAUAAAUCAGAAAAGAUAUCAAAAAAUAAAUCAAAACUAGAUAGAUAUGAUAAUAUCGAUAAAGCUCGUGAUAAUUUAAAGAAUGAACACCAACAACAUAGUUCAAGUAGUAAUAAAAUUGAUAAAAAACUAAGUUAUAAAUUAAAAGAUGCUCAAACAAAACAAUCAGACAAGCAUUCUAAUGGUUUUAAUAAUAAUAAUCGCAAAAAAAGAUCUAAUAAUAUAUUAAAAGUAGAAUCAAAUAAUGAAUUUGAUGAAGACUUAAGUGAGUCAGCAGAUAUUGAACACAGUGAUGCAACACAAAAAACCAGCGGUCAUGUUAGAAAAAAAUCAAUUAAUAAAUUAAAAAAAAAGUCUAAUUCUGAAUUAGUUAAACAUCAUAGUGACUUAGAAGAAAAUCAUCCGAAACAAAAAUCAUAUAAUGAAGUGGGUAAAAGAUCAAGUAAUAAAUUAAAAGAACAAUCAAAUGAUGGUGAAUCGGAUGAUGAAUUAGAUGAUUUAAUAACCAAUGAGGACAGCGAUGAUUCUAAUGAACAUGAUAAUAGCUUAAUAAAUAAACAUCCGCGUCAAAAAUCAAAUAGGAAAGUAAAUAAUAAACUAAAAGAAGAAUCAAGCGGUGAAUCAGAUGAUUCAAUAAAUAUCGAAAAUAAUGAUGUAUCGAAGAAAGGUGCUAAAAAUUUAAAGAAUAACUAUAAAAAGAAGAAAUCGGAUAAUAAAGAAGGUAAAAGGUCAAACAAUCAAUUAAAAAAGGAACCGAGUGAUGGAUCAGAUGAGCAAUUAAAUGAUUCAAUUAAAAAUGAAUACAGCAAUUUAUCUAACAAACAUCAUACAAAUGUAAAAGAUAACCAUAAAAAACAGAAAUCAAAUAAAAAAGUGGAUACCAGUUCAAAUAAUAAAUUAAAAAAACAAUUAAGUGGCAAAUCGGAUAAAGAACUAAAAAAUUUUAUAAAUAAUAAACAUAGAGAUGGAUCUAGUGCUAAUAGUUUAAAAAAAAAACAUCACCGCAAAAAAGAAAACAGUAAAGUAAGUAGUAAUAAAUUAAGAGAAGAAUCAAGUAGUGAAUCAGAUGAGAAAUUAAAUGAUUCAUUAAAUAAUGAAAAUAAUGAUGUAUCUAACAAACGUGCUAAAAAUUUAGAGAAUAACCAUAAAAAGAAGAAAUCGGAUAACAAAGCGGAUAAAAGGUCAAAAAAAAUAUUAAAAACAGAACCUAGUGAUGAAUUAGACGGGCAAUUAACUCUUUCAGGAACGGUGGGAUACCGUUUGUCCCACAAAUUUCAUUAAUUUCUUCAAAUAACACAUCACAAAUUUCACCAACGUUUAGAUGAGAACUCAUUUUUGAAAAUCAAAACAUUAAAAUAUAAUAAAAUAUAUUUUAGAAUAACACAAAUUUAAAAACAAAAAACAAAGUUGCUUCUCUAUAAAAAAAUUGAAAAAUAAAAUGUUUGAAAAAAUUUUGUUUACGCAUAAUGCAAUAGGUAUAUGCAUUAAUCAUAAAAUAUGAAAGAUAAUAAUAUUAAUAUUAUUAAAUGUAACACUAUAUUAAUAAAUUGUUAAUGUUACAUA